AUGCCAUCCACCACAUCGACGCAGACCAUUGACCGAUUCCGAACUAUUUUUGCCCGAUAUGGAGUGCCAGCACAGGUGGUGACCGACAAUGGGCCACAAUUUACAUCCGCAGAGUUCCAACUAUUUUUGAAGACUAAUGGUAUCAAGCAUAUUACCACGGCCCCAUUCCACCCUGCAACCAACGGUCAAGCGGAACGUUUUGUUCAGAGUUUCAAACAUGCUAUGAAAUGCGAGAAACAAAGUGCAUCCCAGCUGAAACCCAAUAUGGCAAAGUUCCUUUUGGCUUACCGGAAUACCCCGCAUUCGACGACUGGAGAAUCACCGUCCGUGUUGUUUUUGGGCAGACCGCUACGGACUCGCCUCGAUUUGGUGAAACCUGAUUUACAAAGGAAAGUGAUGAACAGGCAAAUCGAUCAAGCGGGGAGGAAAGGACAUUCCCCCACACGUCAGUUAUCCAUUGGUCAGACUGUCAUGGCACGUAACUACAGUGGGAAAGACAAGUGGUUACCAGGCAUAGUUCGAGCUCAAACGGGACCCCUUUCGUACGAGAUAAAAGUUGGUCCAAAUCGAAUUUGGCGACGUCACAUCGACCAGCUUCGAGCCUCGAGUGUGAAAGUAAAUGACCAGAGUGAUGAUACGGCUGAUCCUCAUCCAGAGCUCGGAGAGACGGGCCAGAAUAUUGCACCAGCAGAAGAAAUUGUUGCAGAGCCGGAUAUCGAACUAGCCACGAAUCCACCAGUAGUGCAACAACAAGAAGCCGGUAGGGCUACAACAGGAUCUGAACAACGCUACCCAAAUAGAUCACACCAACCACCCGAGAGGUGGGUUCUUAACUGUUUGAUCCGAAAACUGUUUAAGAAAAUUACAUAG